AGCCUGGGGAAGAAAAUAAAAGAGAUAAGUAUUCCGUAUGCGGUAGCCAGCCCGCUGCAAAUACCUUUGUCCCGAAAUGAUGACGGAAUAGGAUUCUCUGCCAGGUUAAGAUAUAGAAGAAGCGGACAUCCUAUCGGGCAAAAGCAGACUCGAGCAACCAGGCCCUAAAUACCGGCAAGAGUCAAUCUCGGCCGAAGCGACGCUACAACGAUGGUCUCUGGAGAAGACGCAGAGACGACGCUCAAGGGCGUCGCCACCAAGGUCCUGCUCGAGUUUAACGACGAUCUUAAAAACGCCAUCGCGCAGAGGUUGUACUACGAGGAGCUCGAGACCAUCCGCAGGAAGGAGCCCCUGUUGGUCACGAAGAUCCCGGUCCACGACGUCAAGGUCCUCAAGGUCGGCAAGAAGAAGGAAAACCCAGCGCACGCCCCAAAGGAAACAGCGCCGGAGGGAGUCAAGGAUGGGGCGGCCCCCGCCGCGGCCGAGACCGCCGUCGUCGAACUACUCUCGUCGCCAGAGCCCCCAAGCAGCCAGGAAAAGGCCGCGGCGUCCUCUUCCUCGCCAGCCAGGCUCGCCCAAGACACCAAGAAGGGCCCGGACCACGGCUACGCCGACAAGAAGACCACCACCCGGAGAUACCACGACAUGACGGCCGGGGCGGGCCAGUGGCCGGGUCCCAAGGCGGGCCUUCGCUUCGACGUCGCCACCUUCAGGCGUGACCACGGCUGGGGCGAUGCCGACAACCAGGACCUGCGCGGGGGCUACCCGCGCGAGCUGGCAGCCGCGACGGCGGACACGUACGUCUCGCACCUCGCAGACCAGGAGGCGUCCGUGAACGGGCUCCAGUGGGCCGCCGGGGGCGACGUGCCGCUGAGGCCGGAGUACCCGUUCCUCCGGGGGUUCCCCCUGGUGGAGGAGGUGGUGUUCCUGCGCGGGCGCAACCACUGGGGCAGCGUCAGCACGGGCGCCUGCUACUGGUCGGCGCUGGCGAUGCACAUCUACGGCGACCCGUACGCGUGGUUGCGCGUCAAGGCCGAGCACGUCGCCCACUUUGGCCGCGUGCUGCGCGAGUCGCGGAACCCGCGCCACGGCCUGUACAGGGAACUCAACGAGAAGUGGUACGAGACCAUGGGCUCGGUCGGCAGGAAGUCGGGGUCGUCGUCGUCGCAGGGCAAUUUCGACGCGAACCUGUGGCAGAUACUGCACCUUCCGGGUGUGUAUGUGCCCAUGAACAUGCUGGACGUCACCGCCGACCUAUAUAACGUCUUCCUGGUUGUGUACAGCUAUGACCGCGGCGUUGUUUAUGAGACGAGGACCAGGGGCGCCUAUAACUCGAGGCAUCUGUUUCUCUUAUACGUCAACGGUAACCACUACCAGCCAUUGAUAACCAACGACUUCCUCCACUGGGAGUUCAAGCUCCCGCGCGUCACCCUGCGGUCCACCAAGGGACUUCCCCUGGCGGCCAGCAAGAACGACGGCGUCAAACACCCGUGGCGCUCCGAGCUGCGCUCGGGAGGCGGCCAGAAGGCGCCGCUGCUGAUCAACCGCCCGUGGGACGCCGACGCGGCCGCUGCGGCCGUCAGCAUCAAGAAGGGGGCGAACCCGGCUGGAGGCGGCAAGAAGAAAGCGGCCCCGGCUGAAGGCGACAAGAAAGCGACCCCGGGCCCCAAGCCGGAGAUGGCCUUCGCGGGCUUCACGCCAGCGGCUCCUGGUCCCAAGAGCGAGGCCCCCGCAGUCCCCGCGGCGGCCCUCGGACAACAGCAGGAGGCCGACCCGGCCUUGGUACCAGUGGAUCUCUCCGAAUUCUUGGAACCCUCCCCGCACUUCCCAGGCUACCGCAUCGUGGAGAACUCGGAACCAGCCUCCGGGCAGGGAGGGGCCUUUCCUGGUUUCCUGAGAGGGGGCGCAGCGUCCUCUCCAGGCCUCGCGCCAGGGGGAGCCGCUCCCGUCUCCACACUAGGGGAAACCUUCCCGGACUUCGGGCGGUCUGGGGUAAAGAGGGGGGCGGAGGGAGAGGAGGAAGAGGGAGCACCUGCGGCGAAGAAGUCCAAGGUGGUUGAGGAGGAGCAGACGGCGGUGGGAGGCGAUGGCAAGGAAGAGGAAACCUAGGCUCAGGAGCCGGAGAAGGCUGAGGAAAAGUGAAGGGGGACAGGGUUGAGAAAGGGUCAGAAGCGGGACAGGGAAAGGCUAGCAGCCUCCUGGAAAUGCCAAGGAGUAAUUCGGAUGAGGAGAGCCACGAGGAAAGCCUUCUCAUGGUCUCUUCCCAUGGGACAGUAUACACAGGCAGGUGAGGGAAUGCGGGCUCUUGUUAUCAUAUCCAUCUAGGGCAUUCUGAGCAUCUUUUCCACGUUAU